AUGACUACCAAAUUCAACAAGGACAUGUAUGCCAAAAUGAGAGCCAAGAAGGAUGAACCCUUGGCUAGCAUCGGCAAGAAAGUAGUUCGUGUGACGGGGAAGGGUUCGUCCGCCGUGGAUGCUACUCCGAUUGUCCCGGGGGUAGAGGGUGUCCGAGUAGCUUCGCCUGCCACUUCCGUCGAGGAAAUCCCCACUCCGUCAUCAAAGAGGCCGAGGAUUUCAGCCAAGGACAAAGAGAAGGAGAAAACAGGCUCGUCCAUAUUUGAUGACGAGGGUGUGGCUGUAGAGCGGGCACACAACAUUGUGAAAGCUGAGGACCUGAAAGUCUUUUCUGGGGUUCCUGUCAAUGUCGUCGCGAGUCAGCACGUCCACAAGAUAAUGCAGGUGUUGGGGGAGAGUCUCCAUCUGGCUUCUGAGUGUCUUACUCAGGAGGCUAGGGUGGCCUCCUUGACCUCUAGGAUGGAGGCUCUGGAGAAGGAGAAUUCAGCUUUGAAGAAGGACCUUAUACAGUCGAUGGACGAGUCUGCUACCUUGAAGGAGAAGGUCAAGGCUCUUAACUCUGACUUAAGGGUUGAGCGUCAGCUGAAUCUGGAGAAGGAUGACCAGCUUCAGGCAACCAAGGAGAAAUUGAAGACAGUUGCUGCCAGUUGGUACUUCAAGGGAUUCGAACUCCUCCGCCGGUACCUCGUCAAGUACCCCACAGGGGUUGAUCUGCCAAGUCUAGAUCUAGAAGUGGUGGAUCAAGUGAUGGCUGCUGACGAGGCUGCCCAACCUUCUGCUCCUGACAGUGAUGCCCCUGCUGCUGACGAUGCUCCUCCGGCUGCUGCUAAUACUGUUACUGACGCCCCAGACGCCCGAGCCUGA